AUGGAUAAGAUCCUAUUGCUUCCCCUGCUGCUAAUUCAUUAUAUUCAUGUUGUGGCGGGAAAAGAGUGCGAUGGAGACGCGGAUUGUCAAACCUUUUGGCCUCAAGCGGUCUGUGCCCGAGGCCGAUGUCGCUGCGGCAAAGACUUUUUGCGACGAAAAAGUGCCAGUUUUGGUUGGGUCUGUUUGAGCUUGAACGAUGCAGGUAAGGAGACGAAUUUAUUGUAUUUAAGGAAGUCUGAACGGUUGACUAUAGGGGGUAGGGUGGAGAUGAAGAGAAGAUGACACAAAAUAUGCCAAAUAGGUCAAAAAAAUCAAAUUAAGUUUAACAAAAUCUAGCUUUCAGUAACUGGCAGUCUCGGAGCCCAAGAGACGUGCCCAUUCCCAGCUGGAGCUGGUCAUCUUGUCGCGUUAAAAGAUGAAAACAAAAAUAUUGUGAUGUGCGACGAAAACAACGGAACAAGUUGUGGCGACAAAUACGAAUGUAUAGGAGGGAUAUCAGCUGGAGGAGGGACUUGUUGUCCCCGGAAAGGUAAAAUAUCAAAUUUUUGCUAAUACUGUCUUUGUGCUACACAUUGAUGUCAUUUACAACAUCAUAACCACUCUUGUUUCCAGAGGCCAGCUGCGAUCCGUCGCUGGUGCGAACGGACGACGGCGGUUGGUUGGAACGGUGGUAUUUCGAUGGGACGACGUGUUCGGCGUUUGAUUGGAACCCGGAAACAACACAAAGUCCCAAUACUUUUGCGUCCAAACAACAAUGCGACGCCGUUUGUGGUCACGUUUAA